GUUCGGCCUGGUCGCGUCCGUGGCGACAUGAACACGGCCAAGUACCUGAUCUCCGAGACCGAUCGUCUUGUAACGAACAUCCUGGACACCCUUGAGGUGGUAUCCGCCCAGCACAGAAAUGCGGAUGUCAACCAUAUCUUUAUGAACUUCAUCUACAACCUCCCUGUCACUUAUGAGGAUGUCCUCGAGGCGAUUGCAGGAUUCAUUGAGUGGCAUGGCAAGCACCUCUGGCAUCUGCAUGUCACUGAAUCGGAGAUCCAUAUCGUUCUCGAGGACAAUGAAGGCAAUAUUAUCAGGUGUGAUAUUAUGCCGAUUCGCUGCAUCGUCGAGAACCUCUCCGGCUUCAUCGUAAACUAUCACGGCUACCAGGAGAUCACCACAGACAAGAGUACUACAAUCCUGAAAUCGAUUGGUGAGAAAGGCCCUCUUCAUUUGCAGCCAGCUCACCAACCGUAUCCGAUCAAGGAGUCGCUGCAGCCUAUCACAAAGCACCAAAGCACUUAA